AUGAAUGAUGAUAUGUGGUCACGACCGGAGCUUCGUCUUUGCCCUUUUGCUCCUCCUGAAGUGAAACAUCUGUAUGGAUUAUUUCACUACAACCCCACCAUGCUUGGACUUGAAUCACUUCCAGAUCCCACGGAUACCUGGGAAAUUAUAGAGACCAUUGGCAAAGGCACCUACGGUACGGUCUACAAGGUGACAAAUAAGAAAGAUGGGAGCCUGGCCGCAGUCAAAAUUCUGGAUCCAAUCAGCGAUAUGGAUGAAGAAAUCGAGGCAGAAUACAACAUUUUGCAAUUUCUUCCUAAUCAUCCCAACGUUGUAAAGUUUUAUGGGAUGUUUUACAAAGCGGAUCACUGUGUGGGAGGACAGCUGUGGCUAGUCCUAGAGCUGUGUAACGGGGGCUCGGUCACGGAGCUUGUCAAAGGUCUGCUCAAGUGUGGCCAGCAAUUGGAUGAAGCAGUGAUCUCAUACAUCUUGUACGGAGCCCUCAUGGGCCUUCAGCAUUUGCACAACAACCGAAUCAUCCACCGUGAUGUCAAGGGAAAUAACAUUCUUCUGACAACAGAAGGAGGAGUUAAGCUCGUUGACUUUGGUGUCUCAGCCCAACUCACCAGUACGCGUCUACGGAGAAACACAUCAGUUGGCACCCCAUUCUGGAUGGCCCCCGAGGUCAUUGCUUGUGAACAGCAGUAUGACUCUUCAUAUGACGCUCGUUGUGACGUCUGGUCCUUGGGGAUCACAGCUAUUGAACUGGGGGAUGGAGACCCUCCCCUGUUUGACAUGCAUCCUGUGAAAACGCUCUUUAAGAUUCCAAGAAAUCCUCCACCUACUUUACUUCAUCCAGAAGACUGGUGUGAGGAAUUCAACCACUUUAUUUCACAGUGUCUUAUUAAGGAUUUUGAAAAGCGGCCUUCAGUCACACAUCUCCUCGACCACCCGUUUAUUAAAGGAGCCCACGGAAAGGUUUUGUUUCUGCAGAAACAGCUGGCCGAGGUCCUCCACGACCAGAAGCAUCUACACCCUGUUGUUAAAACCAGAAUGGAGAACAGAAAUUGCAUUGUCAUCAGUGGCGAAAGUGGUUCUGGGAAGACAGAAAGCGCCCACCUGAUUGUUCAGCAUUUGACUUUCUUGGGAAAGGUAUUGCUACCUGCUUUUUAUAUUAUGCCUAGAAGUUACUGCAGAAUAACUGAGGGAGAGAAAAAUUUUCACAUAUUUUACUAUAUUUAUGCUGGUCUUUAUCACCAAAAGAAACUUUCUGAUUUCAGACUUCCUGAGGAAAAGCCUCCUAGGUAUAUAGCUGAUGAAACAGGAAGAGUGAUACAUGACAUAACUUCUAAGGAGUCUUACCAAAGACAGUUUGAAGCAAUUCAGCAUUGCUUCAGGAUUAUAGGUUUCACCGACAAGGAGGUGCACUCGGUGUACAGAAUUUUGGCUGGGAUUUUGAAUAUUGGAAACAUUGAAUUUGCAGCUAUUUCCUCUCAACAUCAAACUGAUAAGAGUGAGGUAUUGUAUGAUGCUUCUGGGGUUCUUGAGAAGAACAGAGACACUCUCCCUGCUGAUGUGGUUGUAGUCUUGAGAACAUCAAAAAACAAGCUUCUUCAGCAACUCUUCUCAAUCCCUUUGACCAAAACAGGUAAUUUGGCCCAAACAAGAGCCAGGAUAACAGCGGCCUCAAGGUCUUUGCCUCCGCGUUUCAGUGCUGGCCGAGCCAAGGUGGACACUCUGGAGGUGAUACGGCAUCCGGAAGAAACCACCAACAUGAAGAGGCAAACCAUGGCUUCUUACUUCCGGUAUUCUUUGAUGGAUCUGCUCUCCAAAAUGGUGGUGGGACAGCCUCACUUUGUACGCUGCAUUAAACCCAAUGAUGACCGAGAGGCCCUGAAGUUCUCCCGAGAGAGAGUGCUGGCCCAGCUCCGCUCCACUGGGAUCCUGGAGACAGUCAGCAUCCGCCAGCAGGGAUAUUCUCACCGCAUCCUCUUUGAAGAGUUUGUGAAAAGGUAUUAUUACUUGGCAUUCAGAGCACAUCAGACACCUCUUGCUAGCAAAGAGAGCUGUAUCGCUAUCUUGGAAAGGUCCAGAUUAGAUCACUGGGUGCUAGGAAAAACAAAGGUUUUUCUCAAGUACUACCAUGUCGAGCAAUUAAAUUUGCUGCUGCGAGAAGUCAUAGGCAGAGUGGUUGUGCUGCAAGCUUAUACCAAGGGGUGGCUUGGAGCCAGGAGAUAUAAGAGAGUCAGAGAAAAGAGAGAGAAGGGGGCCAUUGCCAUCCAGUCAGCCUGGAGAGGAUAUGAUGCUCGGAGGAAAUUUAAGAAAAUAAGCAACAGAAGGAGUGAGUCUGCUGUUCAUAUUCAAGCAGAAUCUCAAGAAGAUUUACACCAAAUUAGAGCUUUGAGUAUGAUACACAUGUGUGUAAUCUUAAUAUUAGUCCACAGACACAGGUAUUUGCAAGCUCAGAGUUCUCCAACAGAGUGUGAUGUCUUCGCAAGACAGGCAAAUAAGCACUCAGUUUCUGGGACUGAUUCGGUGUCAUCUCGGACAUGCUACAUUGCUCCAGAUCGCCAAGGCCAGAGUCCCUGGGGAGCCUCUCCAAAACCUGGUUCAGAAAAUGGUCUUGCACAGAAGCAGCGAACACCUCGCCGGCGAUGUCAGCAGCCCAAAAUGUUGAGUAGCCCUGAGGACACCAUGUACUAUAACCAGUUAAAUGGAACUCUAGAAUAUCAAGGGAGCAAGAGGAAGCCAAGAAAACUUGGCCAAGUCAAAGUGCUCGAUGGGGAGGAUGAAUAUUACAAAUCUCUGUCACCUGUGGACUCUGUCCCUGAGGAAGAGAGCUCAGCCCACCCUUUCUUUUUCUCCUCAUCCUUAAAAGGAGAAUCUUUGGCUCAGCACUGA